AUGCAUCCAACAACACUUCUCAGCCUACUCGGCGCACUCGCGACCUUAGCAGCUGCAGCACCCACACCUGCACCUAUCGGCGAAGUUCUUCUUGCUCGCGAUGCCCUUCCCGAGCCCGAGCCAGGGCGCGGUGGGAGCUAUCAGAAACGAGACCCUACCCCUAUCGCUGACCCAGGACGCGGUGGUGGGUACCAGAAACGCGAAGCCGCUCCAGAACCUGAGCCCGGCCGCGGCGGUGGGUAUCAGAAACGUGAAGCCGAGCCCGAACCAGGACGCGGUGGAGGCUACCAGAAACGAGAAGCCGCCCCUAUCGCUGACCCAGGGCGCGGCGGAGGCUACCAGAAACGAGACCCCGCCCCUAUCGCUGACCCAGGACGCGGCGGGGGCUAUCAGAAACGUGAAGCCGCUCCAGAACCUGAGCCAGAGCCAGGUUGCGGCGGUAGAUACCAAAAGCGAGAUCCCGCUCCUAUCGCUGACCCUGGUCGCGGUGGAGGCUACCAAAAGCGCGAAGCUGCCCCUGUCGCUGAGCCAGGCCGCGGUGGCGGAUAUCAGAAACGAGACCCUACCCCUAUCGCUGAGCCAGAGCCAGGUCGCGGCGGUGGAUAUCAGAAACGGGAGGCGGCUCCAGAGCCUGAAGCAGGACGCGGCGGUGGCUAUCAAAAGCGAGAUGCGCUGUCCGGACUGGUGGUGCUGUAG